AUGAAUGACGCAAUUUCAGUCAGGCCCAUUGAAGGCCGCCAACGUCCCAAUCAUUUUCAUCGUUGGUGGACCCGGUUCCGGAAAGGGAACUCAAUGCGACAAGAUUGUCGCAAAUACGGCCUCUCCCACUUGUCAUCGGGAGAUCUUUUGAGAGAUGAGGUCAAGUCCGGCUCGCCCCGUGGUUCCGAACUCACCGCCAUCAUGGAGGCCGGACAGCUAGUCCCAUUGGAAGUCGUCUUGGACUUGGUUAAAGAAGCUAUGUUGAAGAAGGUAGCUCAAGGAACAAAAGGCUUCUUGAUUGACGGAUAUCCACGAGAAGUUGCUCAAGGAAUUCAAUUCGAGGGAGAGAUCCAAGAAGCCCAACUUGUCGUCUUCUUUGACGUGUGUGAGGACACUUUGGUGAAGAGGUUGCUUGGACGCGCCAUCACCAGUGGCCGAGCUGACGAUAACAUUGACACGAUCAAGUUGAGACUUCACACCUUCAUCAACUCGACCGCCCCUGUUGUCGACCACUACGAGAAGCAAGGAAAACUUGUCAGAAUCCCAGCUGAGGGCUCGGUCGAUGACAUCUUUGCCGAGGUGUGCAAAGCCCUUGACAAGUGCGUGAAACAC